AGUGGUUGAAAAGGAAGUGUGUUGAGUGGCCCGGAAGAAGGAAGGAAGGUGGUGUGAAGUGCAUUCGGGCGGCUUUCGGUGCAAGUGUCCAGGUCCCCGUCAGUGCGAUCAGUGAUGAUACCUCAGCACAAUCAGGUCAUCAGUGGCGCGUUUUCUCAAGGCGAGAUGGAUGUGAUGGUGCAGCAGUACACAGAGGCCGGUGGUGGUGGCGGUGGCGGUGGCGGAGGCAGUUCGACCCCACCUCCACCCCUGUUCGGCUCCCAGAUGGUGGAUAAGAAUUCCAUAACGCCGUACACCGAUGCCACGCAGACGAAAAAACACAGCCCCGGUCAUAUCAAGCGACCGAUGAAUCCGUUUAUGGUGUGGAGCCAGAUCGAGAGGCGCAAGAUUUGCGAGGUUACGCCAGACAUGCACAAUGCGGUCAUAUCGAAGAACCUGGGUCAGCGAUGGAAACAGCUAAGUCCCGAGGAGCGCCAACCGUUCAUCGACGAAGCGGAACGCCUCCGUCAGCUGCAUACGCGCGAAUACCCGAACUACAAGUACCGUCCAAAGAAGAAGCAGGUCAAGGCAGGCACCACCACCCACAAGAAUAACAGUAGCGGCAGUAGCAGCUCGUCCCCGUCCUCGGCGACAACCGGCGGCUCGCCGGAAUCUGUUUCUUCGCCUGUCAGCUGUUCCUCGCUGUCCUCGUCAUCGUCCAUCACGUGCUCGCCUUCGACGGGAAAGUCGUCGCCAAGCGUUAAGCGCAACCGCAGCGGGAAGAUCUCGAAGAGCCACUCGGCGGCAGCCACCGGCGGUAGCGGUGGCCUGUCCAAGUCCAAGAAGGCCAUCAUUAUCCACGAGAUCGGCCAGCAAACGAUGGCGGCGGUGGCGACGGCCGCUACAGUAACGACGCACGCCGCCCAAGGCGAGCAACAGGACUGUCUGUCCUUCACGACCUCGAAGCUGCUGCCGAACUCGCCCGAGAGUGCCACCCAGUACGACGAUCGGUCGCUCAUAUCGCCUGAACCGAACUUUGGACCCUACGAUACCCCAUCCAUCUUCUCGAGCGAUCUGUUCGACGAGAGCAAGGAUUUCGAUCAGGACAGCGGAAAAGCCUACCUCCGUUACGUUGAUCGCGUCACGGACCUCAACGCAACGAUGGACAUUAGCACUGGUGGUGGCGGCGGCGGCGGCGGUAGAGAAGCCACUCCCUGCCAGAGCAGUCCCCAUCCGGAUCUGAGUCAGCUGGUGGUGGACCACAGCAGCAACCACCAGAGCUGCGCUAGUCCGAACCUCCUCCAGCAACAACAUCCCAUGCUUCACAACAACAACAACAACAACAGUCUUCACGUGAACAAUAAUCACCUUCACCAGCACCACCAACAGCAGCACCAGCAGCAGCAGCAUGGCGACGAAUCGGAUGUCAAGCCGCUGCUUUUCGGUUGCCAGCAAACCUCAAAGUCCUUGUACGCCGUCGACAACGACGUGGACUGCGUCAAGGCGGAGAAGUAUUUUGAUGAGGAUGACUGUCAAAGCGAACAGUUCGGGGCUAGCAUUCUGGAGGACAGUUGUCUGGACGUGCCCGGCAUCAACAGAAUGGACGUAUCGCUGGACCUGGGCGGUCAGAGCGGGAACUCUAACACUGGCGGUGCCAACGGCGAGUGCUUUAACGAAGGGGUCGUCUACGACGGUCAGUUCACACUUACCGUGCAUCAGCAGCAGCAGCAACAGCAGACGCAGCAGUAUCAACCGCAUAACCAAUACCAGCAGCAGCAGCAGCUUCCACACCAAGAUCAUCACAUGGCGGAGGGCAGCAAUUUGCUGGCGGGCAAUCUGGGCGCACUAGCGAGCUUUAAAGAAAUUACCAACGGUCAGCAGUGUCAGCCACACCUGCAGCAGCAGUUACUUCAGUCGUAUCAACUGCUGCCGGGGGAUGUGUCUGUAAAGAAUCUGCUGUGGACCAGCAGUCUUCGCCAGCAGGAACACCAAACGCAGCUGCACCAGCAGCAGCAACAGCAGCAACAGCAACAGCAGCAGCCACAGCAGCAGCUACACCACCAUCAUCAGCAACAGCAGCAGUGCCUCACGGGGGUUGUACCCCUCGCCGAUAGUAUGAGUCAGCUAUCGCCUCUUAGCAGCGCCUCCGGCUCCAGCCUCGUCUCGGUACCCAACUGUCAACCCUCGCCGGUCGGUAGUCCCGUGGACGGUUUCACUGCGUCGGCCGUCGGUGUGGUCCUGGGCGACUGCAACAUGGACGGCAGUAGUCAGCCCUCCGACAACAACCUGUCCAUACUGGAGGAUAUGCUCAGCCAGUCACACAUGGACUACUCGUUCGAGGGGCUUGAAACGGCGUCGUCAUCGAGCGGUUCGCACCUCGAGUUCCUUGCCGAUGAUAGUAAAAUCUUCUUAAACGACCCGAACAAUCUGAUCGGGUUCAACGUGUAGAGUAAGGCCCCGGCGCGCGUGCGAAGUCUACGGCGGCGGGAUGCUACAAUUACUAGGUUUAAACUCUAUUUCCCAACCCAACUCAUGGAACUGGCGGGGUGAGCGAACCUUUCCUCUUCAUCCCUGUUUUCAAACAAGUAACAAGUGAAGCCCUCUAUUUUUCCAUACCAAAAUUAUCCUACAAUCUAUCCACAUGUACCAUUAACAUUAACCACUGCAACACACUACUGCAUACAUUGAACAUAUUGAAAACUUUCAAACCAGAAACAAGUAAGGCCAUUUGUUUCACAACAAGAAAACUCUUCUAAAACACGGCUACCAAACAGAGAGAGGGGAGGGAUGAUUAAAAAAAUUAAGUGCUUUAUCAAUUGCGGUGUGUGCAUGGUUCCCUUGAAAGCGAGAACGAGAGAGAGAAAGUGAGAAUGAAAGAGUGAGUGAGAACGUGAAACAGAAGAUCCGAGGAAGCGGUCACCGGACGGGUAAUGUUGGAGCUGAAGGGAUUGUCCGAUGGUGACCGAUUCAUACACACCCUAGCCCCUAAGAUAUAGAAUACUAAAGAUGAAUUCAGGAAUAAACGUGAACCCGAGUGUAAAGCUGUGUGACUAAGAGAAUGCGUCAGAAAGGGGUUAUAAAACGAAGCAGAAAAAACCGAGUGGCGUAUGAUGUGCUGUUUACAAAGCAAAAUAAAUCGUAAAUUUACAAAAGUGAAGAGAAUACACACAAA